UAUCCAUUCAGAUAAACCCACAGCUCAUUCGGAACAUAACCAUUAAUCAGAGAAGCAAGAAAUCAAACUAGGAAGAUAUGGCUUCUGCAACUUGGAGCAUGUCUUGCUUGAAAUCGGCUCUUCGUUCAAUUCAACCAAUUUCCAACUCUUCACUUCGAUUCUCUUCUGGGUCUUCCCCUUCUCGCCUCAGGAUAUGCAAACCCAAGUCUAGUUCAACAAUUAUUCAGUCCUUCGUGGGUCUUGCUCCCCUGCAUCCACUUUUGUCCCUCUCUUCCCAAGGUAGCAUUUUUUCUGAUUACAACAAUUACUGGUAUUGCAUUUCUACUNAGCAUGGGCGUAUAAAGACUACUAAAGCAAGGGCCAGGGCGGUUAGAAAAUAUGUUGACAAAAUGGUAACGAUGGCAAAGGAUGGCUCUCUUCACAAGAGAAGGCAAGCUCUUGGAUUCAUCUACGAGAAGCAAAUAGUGCAUGCAUUGUUUGCUGAAGUCCCGGAAAGAUAUGGGGAGAGAAACGGAGGAUACACUAGGAUAAUAAGAACUCUACCUAGGCGAGGGGACAAUGCACCAAUGGCAUAUAUCGAGCUUGUCUAGCAACUGAAUAUUCAUUUUGAAGGAUGUUUUUGGUUGGUUCUUAAUUCUGAUGAGAACUAAGAGAUUUUGUUAGUUCCACCAAUUAUUCCAUUCAAUUUUAAUUUGAAGUUACUGUUUA